AGCACAUACGAAAAAAAAAACUCAAUAUCGAAUUAUGUGUGAGUUAGUGAUACAAUUUAGGUUCAUAAUUACACUGCAAAUUAUUUUUGUAGUACCACAUAAAACUGUUUCAAAGUCCUUACUGAGGCCCAGAGUUGAGAGCUUAACUAAAAAAAAAAGGGCCUGUUGGGCUUUUUGGUCAAACUCAUCUUUGUUUUCAUUCAUCUUGGGUGAUUUUCAAAGGGAAGGUUGUAUUCUUCAGUUUGCUUCAUCUGUAAAUCGGAUCUGUUGAAAAUCGAAUACUCACGAGGAGACGUUAACGAGCAGCCCGGGAUCUCGCCGUUUCCGCUCUUGAGUGGAAGCAACAAGUAGGAAAAGUUGAAGUUAAAUCUAAAUCUCGCUUUGUAUCAAAAAAAUGCCUGGACAAAAGAUUGAAACUGGUCACCAGGACACAGUCCAUGAUGUUGCCAUGGAUUAUUAUGGGAAGCGUCUAGCUACUGCUUCUUCCGAUCACACAGUCAAGAUAAUUGGUGUUAAUAACUCUAACUCACAGCCUCUUGCAACUUUGAGUGGCCACCAAGGACCUGUGUGGCAGGUAUCCUGGGCUCAUCCCAAGUUUGGCUCCUUACUUGCAUCAUGUUCCUUUGAUGGAAAAGUCAUUAUCUGGAAGGAAGGAGCUCCAAAUGAAUGGAGCCAGGCCUAUGUUUUGGGUGACCAUAAAGGUUCUAUUAAUUCUGUUGCUUGGGCUCCUCAUGAGGUAGGUCUAUGCCUAGCAUGUGGAUCCUCAGACGGGAACAUAUCUGUUUUCACUAUGAGAUCUGACGGCAACUGGGACACGGCCCUAAUUGAACAAGCUCACCCGGCCGGCGUAACUUCUGUUUCAUGGGCCCCGUCAACUUCUCCUGGCGCUUUGGUAGGUUCAAACCUUCUUGAUCCUGUUCAGAAGCUUGUCUCUGGCGGAUGUGAUAACACAGUGAAAAUCUGGAAGCUUACCAACGAAAAAUGGCUGAUGGACUGCUUUCCAGCUCUUCUUAUGCAUACUGAUUGGGUGCGGGAUGUUGCCUGGGGUCCCAAUUUGGGACUUCCAAAAUCAACAAUUGCUAGCUGUUCCCAAGAUGGAAAAGUUAUCAUAUGGACAGUGAAAAAGGAAGGUGAUCAGUGGGAGGGUAGAGUUUUGAAGGAUUUUGGGGCCCCUGUUUGGAGAGUCUCAUGGUCACUGACCGGGAAUAUUCUUGCCGUGGCAGAUGGGAAAAACGAUGUAACGUUGUGGAAAGAAGCAGUAGAUGGAGAGUGGCAACAGGUGACAACAGUUGAUGCUUGAAGUUAUAUUAGUUAUUCUGUUAGUGUCUUUUGUAAUUUCAGUUAAAAUGUGGACAAUCUAUGCUUAUUUGAGUUGCCAUAGUCUAAUUACUUGGUAAUGAUGAGAGAUACGGAUGACAGUAAGCCUCCAUUUCGAGUUGAAUUCACCCGAUAUACUUUUGGAAUUUUAUUUUCUUAAUUAAUUCAUGAAACAAAGACUCGUUUCAGUCGGGAAAUUUUCCUUUGUUUUAACAUUUAAAUUCAGUUUAUUUUUUUUGCACUCAUUGACUUGUUGCUUGUUUCUCCUCUUCAUAUCUGGACUCGUGAUUUUAGAUAGAUUGUGAAGUUUACUUGUUCUAAUGGCAAGCUGCAUCAAAUUCAAAGAUAGAGCUGC